UUCAUUGAGUGAGAAUGGGUCUGAAAUGGUGUUUAGUUUUCGGGCUAAGUGUAGUCUUAUCUAUGGGCUGGACGCGGUCUGAGCUUAUAAGGGCCCAUCCGCCAGGAAAAAACGACAAUUGGUGGCGUCACGAGGUCUUUUAUCAGAUCUAUCCGAGAUCCUUCAAGGAUAGCAAUGGCGAUGGUAUUGGUGACCUUAAAGGCAUUACCUCGAAGCUGCAAUACUUUGCCGAUACGGGUAUCACAUCUGUUUGGUUGAGCCCCAUUUUCCAGUCACCCAUGGUGGAUUUUGGCUAUGAUAUAUCCGACUAUCGGGCUAUACAGCCGGAGUAUGGGACUUUGAAGGACUUUGACGAACUGAUAGCGAAAGCCAAAAGACUGGGCAUUAAGAUCAUACUGGACUUUGUACCUAAUCACAGUUCGGAUCAGCAUGAAUGGUUCAUCAAGUCGGUAGCCAAAGAGCCAGGCUAUGAGAAUUUCUAUGUAUGGGAAGAUGGUACACUAUUGGAGAAUGGAACUCGAGUGCCUCCAAAUAACUGGAUAUCCGUAUUCUCGGGCUCCGCUUGGGAGUGGAACGAGCAGAGGCAACAGUUCUAUUUGCAUCAGUUUACCAAGGGACAACCUGAUCUUAACUAUCGUAAUCCCAAGGUUCUUCAGGCCAUGGAUGAUAUAUUGAUUUAUUGGUUAAAUAGAGGAGUUGCCGGUUUCCGUAUCGAUGCUGUCAUCUAUGUCUUUGAGGAUAAGGAUCUACGUGAUGAACCUCUCAGUGGCACUACAAGCGAUCCCAAUUCUGUGGAUUAUCUGCAACAUAUCUAUACUAGGAAUCAAGCCGAGUGUUAUCCUCUCAUUCAGCACUGGCGCCAACUGCUCGACAAUUACUCGGCUAUGAAUUCUGGACCAGUUAGGAUUAUGAUGAUAGAAGCUUAUUCGGAUUUGAAACUUUUGAUGAACUACUAUGAGGAUGAUAGGGGUGUACAGGGUGCACAGUUCCCAUUCAAUUUUGACUUUAUAACCGAUCUCAAUGAGAACUCAACGGCUCAGGACUUUGUAUUUUAUAUCGAGAGGUGGCUUAUCUAUAUGCCCGUCGGACAUGCACCCAACUGGGUAAUGGGUAAUCAUGAUAAUCCGCGUGUGGCCUCCAGAUAUGGCGUCAGGUCAGUGGAUGCCAUGAAUAUGCUGCUGAUGACUUUACCAGGCAUUGCUGUUACCUAUUAUGGUGAGGAGCUGGGCAUGGAGGAUUAUCGUGACAUCAGCUUUGAAGAGACGGUAGAUCAACCUGCCUGUGAUGCUGGUUCCGAUAACUACAAAUGGAUCUCUCGCGAUCCGGAACGAACACCCAUGCAGUGGAGUGAUGAGAGAAAUGCGGGUUUCUCUAGCGGAGACUCCACCUGGUUGCCAGUGCAUCCCAACUAUCGGGAGUUGAAUCUGCGUGCCCAGCAAAGAGCAUCACGCAGUCAUUACAAAGUCUAUCAAUCGCUGCUCAAAUUGAGAAAUUUGCAUGUGUUGCAAGAAGGAUCAUUCACCGCACAGGCUCUCAAUAGCAGGGUAUUUGCCUUGAAGCGUGAACUAAAGGGUCAUUCUACCGUGUUGACCAUCAUUAAUGUGAGCAAUCGCAGUCAGCAGGUGAAUGUCAGUGAUUUUAUUAAUUUACCUAAUCGGCUUACUUUGCUCGUUGUUGGCGUCAACUCACAGUACAGGGUCGGAGAGCGUCUUAGGCCCGACGAUAUCAAUUUGUCACCUUAUGAGGGUCUCGUUAUAAUGCUUAAAGCUCACAAGUAGUUGAUUGUAUCGAUUGUGCUCAUUCAAAAGUCGUUUGUGUAUAGAUAUACAAAAAAUAAAUUGAAAAAAAUAAUAAAUUACAUUUAUUGAUAAUAAAA